AUGGUGUUGGCGUCUUUUAGUAAAGACGCCGAUCAGGUUGGCGUUUUUUACGUUAAACACGCCAAUGACCUUGGCGUUUUAUUUAGUAAAGACGCCAUCAAGAUUGGCGUGUUCAAAUUUAAGUCAAGUGGCCUAUAUACGCGAUUUUCUCCUCAGAGAGCUCUUGACUACGCCAACUGGGCCGGAAAACAGCGCGGCUUCCAAGCUGGGGACUCGUUUUUCGUGCUGCUUCACAUUCUUGUAAGAUUCCCUAAUUAUCACAAUGCAGCUCGGAGCUUGAUUAAUAAUUAUGUAUGCCAUGAUUCUUCCCCUUCCUGUGUUGUGGCUGUCGAUUGUUUGAUUGAUUGUGCAGAAAGAUAUGGUUUUUGGUUAAAGCCGCGGCUUUUUGAUUAUUUCUUGAAUGGAUAUGUCAGAGCACAGAGAUACAAGGAUGCGGAAGAUUGUUUCUAUGCAUUAAUUUCGCGUAGGAUAUUGCCUUGUCAUAUUAUUUUGAAUAAUUUCUUGAAAUGUUUGAUAAGGGCGAAUAUGAUUGACAAUGCUCGCUGCUUGUUUAAGGACGUAGUUUUGAAGGGUAUUAGUUAUGAUUGUGAUACCGUAUACAUGAUGAUGUGUGCAAGUCUGAGAGAUGGUAGGGUGGAAGAGGCGGAGAAGUACUUUUUGGAGGCGAAGAACAGUGGGAUUAAGAUCUAACCUUGUGUAUAUGCUAGUGC